AAAAUUCCACUCCCAACACGCCUUAAUCAUAACCCCUCUUCUCUUUUACACAAACAAUCUUUCCUUUUACCUGUUCUACUCUCUCAUCAAUUUGUUACCCCAACAGAAAACAACCCCACGUCCCCUUUUAUUUACAGUUUCCCUUUUCCAUAGUUUAAAAGCUUCAAAUGUAGUUAUUUCUUUGAACAAGCAGUUGUUGGUUGAUUUGUGGAUAUAUUUUUCUGGUGGUUCUUUGGAGUUUGUUUCUAUGGCUCUGAAGUGCUUCUGGGUUGGCUUCAUUCUGUUUUCUGGCUUUUGGCUAGUUUGUUUCUGUGAUCAAGACGGUUUCCUGAGUCUAACUUGUGGUGGAACCACAAGUUAUGUUGAUUCAUCCAACAUUUCGUGGGUCUCAGAUAGUGCCUACAUAAACACAGGCAACACCACAACUGUUCCCUUCGUUGAGGAAACCUCUUCGUCUAAUGUGCCAGUUCGAUUUUUUCCAGAUUCUCAAGGUCGCUCAUGUUAUAAGCUACCAGUAAAGAACGUUUCAUCAUUGGUUCUCGUUAGAUCCCGAUUUGUCUACAGGGACUAUGAUGGACUAAAAAAACCUCCAUCUUUUUCUAUCUCUCUUGGGACAGCCAUCACUGGCACAGUAGAUCUUGCUACUAAUGAUCCCUGGACUGAAGAAUUUUUAUGGCCUGUUGAUAAGGACGUACUCUCGUUUUGUUUACACCGCAUUUCCAGUGGUGGGAAUCCUGUUAUAGCUUCACUUGAAGUAAGGCCACUUCCUCAAGGUGCUUAUCAGAUUGGCUUGGGAGAUUUUCCUGAUAAGUUGCUUAGAAAGAGUUAUCGUAUCGAUUGCGGUUACACCAAUGGCUCUUUAAGGUAUCCUUUGGAUCAAUAUGAUCGGAUAUGGGAUGCUGAUAAAAACUUCAUGCCAUUUCAUGUGUCAACCGGCUUCAACACGCAAUUGAGCUUCAACUUUUCGAGUAUUCAGGAGAGUCCCCCGGUUUCUGUUCUUCAAACUGCAAGAGUUCUGGCACGAAGAGACGUCUUAACUUACAGCUUUCCUCUGGAUACACUAGGGGACUACUUCAUUGUCCUCUAUUUUGCUGGGAUUAUUCCUGUGUCACCUACAUUUAAUGUAUCAAUUAAUGGAGAUAUUGCAGAAUCAAACUACACAGUGAGAAGCUCAGAAGCUGGUGCUCUAUAUUUCACUCGGAAGGCAAUAAAAACUUUGAACAUUACAAUUAAGAGUAUCAGCUUCUACCCGCUAGUCAACGCACUUGAGGUGUUUGAAAUUGUUGGUAUUCCAUCAGAAGUUUCUUCAACCACAGUUUCAGCACUUCAAGUUAUUCAACAGUCUACUGGUUUAGAUGUGGCAUGGGAGGACGAUCCAUGCUCUCCCAAACCAUGGGAUCACGUUGGAUGUGAAGGGAGUCUAGUUACAUCAUUGGAGCUUUCAGGCAUCAACUUGAGGUCGAUUACUCCGACAUUUGGAGACUUGUUGGAUCUUAAAGCAUUGGAUCUGCAUAACACAUCCCUAACGGGAGAGAUAAAGAAUUUGGAUGCCCUGCAACAUCUUGAGAGACUGAACCUGAGUUUCAACGAUUUAACUUCCUUUGGCUCCAAUUUGGGGAAAUUGGUUAAUCUUCAAGUUUUGGACUUGCAAAAUAAUAGUUUACGGGGAACAGUUCCUGACGUCUUGGGAGAAUUGGAGAACCUGCAUUUAUUGAAUGUUGAAAACAAUAAACUAGAGGGUAGCCUCCCAGACUCUCUAAACAGAGACAGCUUGGAAGUUAGAACAUCAGGGAAUUUGUGCCUUUCCUUCUCCACUAUGACUUGCAAUGAUGUUUCAUCAAAUCCUUCAAUUGAGACACCACAAGUUACUAUUGUUACCAACAAGAAGCGCACUGAACAUAAUCAUAUAGCCAUUAUAUUUGGUGCAUCUGGAGGAGCCUUACUUGCUGUAUUCUUGGUCAUUCUUCUGCUAGUCCUGUAUGCAAGGAAAAGAACAACUGAUGUCCCAUAUACAGAAAGGGCAGCAACAGAUAUGCGGAACUGGAAUGCAGCAAAGGUCUUUUCUUACAAAGAAAUUAAGUCAGCUACAAACAACUUCAAGGAGGUUAUAGGCCGUGGUAGUUUUGGAUCUGUUUACCUUGGAAAGCUUGCAGAUGGCAAAGUUGUUGCUGUGAAAGUCCGGUUUGACCGGACCCAACUUGGUGCUGAUUCUUUCAUCAACGAGGUGUAUCUAUUGUCACAAAUUCGCCAUCAAAAUCUUGUUUGUUUGGAAGGAUUCUGUCACGAAUCAAAGCAGCAAAUACUAGUCUAUGAGUAUCUUCCUGGUGGAUCUUUGGCUGAUCACCUCUAUGGUCCAAACAGCAAACAAAUUUCAUUAAGCUGGGUUCGCAGACUAAAAAUUGCUGUUGAUGCAGCAAAGGGGUUGGACUAUUUGCACAAUGGAAGCGAGCCACGGAUCAUACACCGUGAUGUGAAGUGUAGUAAUAUCCUGUUGGACAGGGAUAUGAAUGCCAAAGUUUGUGACUUUGGCCUCUCCAAGCAAGUAACUCGGGCAGAUGCAACUCAUGUAACCACUGUAGUCAAAGGCACUGCUGGGUAUCUUGAUCCAGAGUACUACUCCACACAACAGCUAACCAAAAAAAGCGACGUCUACAGCUUUGGGGUUGUUCUUUUAGAACUCAUUUGUGGGCGAGAGCCAUUGAGCCACUCUGGAACUCCAGAUUCCUUCAAUUUGGUGUUAUGGGCCAAGCCGUAUUUACAGGCUGGUGCAUUUGAGAUAGUAGACGACAGCAUAAAGGGAAGUUUUGAUGUGGAAAGCAUGAAGAAGGCAGCUUUAGUAGCUAUAAGAUGCGUAGAGAGAGAUGCCUCUCGUAGGCCAGCCAUUGCAGAAGUCUUGGCACAACUCAAAGAAGCCUACAGCAUGCAGCUCUCAUUUCUUGCAGCUUACGGAAAUGCUGGCUGAUUUUAUGUACAUAUGUCUCCGUAAUUUUAUGGCAUGGAUCUUGUAAAGAGAGUGGGUAUUUUUUUAACAAUAUUAUUAUACGCAUAAUUUUUU